GGUGCACUCUUCAUUACUUGUUACACCAUUUGCUUUUUCAUCACCAGAAAGGCAGCACAGAGCUAUCUCUCACAUAAGAAGGCCUCCUUAGGGUGCCGUCGGCCAACCAAUGUCAGCUGGCGGCCCCCAGGGGAAGAGCGUUCUCUGUGGGGGCCCCGGCCUUGUGGAACGAGUUGCCGGUGGGACUCCGUCUUCUCCCUGAUCUUCGGACCUUUAAGCGCUCCUAGGCCGCUGGAAGAAGAGGACCAACGAUGGGGGAACAAAGAUAGGGAAUGAGGUAAUGGCAGGAGCAUCUGAGAAGAGCCUUUUGUUAAGAGUGUGAAAUGGCGACUCCAUAGCCCAAGAUGAAUGGGUUGUGAGGGGCGUCUUUGUACAGGCACGGCUGGACGAGGCAUUUCUCUCUCUAGAGGACCCUCUGAAGAGAAAAUGGGGCUCCCUUUCCUCUUGCCAGUCUCCACCGAGAUGACCUCAUUCAUCUGGAGGACAAUGGAGAGUCUGGGCCUUUAAGUUCAUAGCCAUUACCUCAUCUCCUUCGUGGGGGCCGCCGAUUGAAAAGCAAAGCAUUGCUCCAGCUCGGCGUCUCCGGUUGUCAUGGCGGAUGAAAUGAAUGGUGCUCAGCUCAUAACCGGAGAGAGACUGGUGACUUGGCUGGAAAGCAGCAUGGAGAAAUUGCUCCUGAUUGACAGCCGUCCCUUCGUGGAGUACAACAUGUCCCAUAUCCUGGAGGCCAUCAACAUCCAUUGCUCCAAACUCAUGAAGCGCAGGUUGCAGCAGGAUAAGGUGCUGAUCACCGAACUUAUUCAACAUUCGGCAAAACAGAAGGUCGAAAUCGAUGGCAAACAGGAAGUUGUGGUGUACGAUCAAAACUCAGCAGAUCUGGCUACUGUCCCUUCCGAUUCCUUCCUGAGUCUCCUGCUGAGAAAAUUGGAGAAAAGCUUCAGGAAUGUUCACUUGCUUGCAGGUGGAUUUGCUGAAUUUUCCAAUUGUUUCCCUGGCCUUUGUGAAGGAAAAUCUAUCCUGGUGCCUUCCUGCAUUUCCCAGCCUUGCUUACCGGUUUCCAAUACGGGCCCCACCCGGAUUCUGCCCCACCUGUACCUGGGGUGCCAAAGAGACGUCCUCAACAAGGAGCUAAUGCAACAGAAUGAGAUUGGCUAUGUGUUAAAUGCCAGCAAUACAUGUCCCAAACCUGACUUCAUCCCAGAGUCCCACUUCUUAAGGGUGCCAGUGAACGACAGCUUCUGUGAGAAAAUCUUUCCUUGGCUGGACAAAUCCGUGGACUUCAUAGAGAAAGCCAAAGCUUCAAACGGUUGUGUCUUAGUCCACUGUUUAGCCGGAAUAUCCCGCUCAGCCACAAUUGCCAUUGCCUAUAUCAUGAAAAGGAUGGAUAUGUCCUUAGAUGAGGCCUACAGGUUUGUGAAAGAGAAGAGGCCAACCAUUUCUCCUAACUUCAACUUUCUCGGUCAACUUCUGGACUUUGAAAAGAAGAUCAAGAACCAGGGAGGCCCGAGCGGACUCGUUAGCAAACUCAAGCUUUUGCAUUUGGAAAACGGCAGCAACCACGGAGCAGGCGGUGGGCCCCUGUGGGCCUCUCCUCAGCUCUGUGCCUCCUCUACCUCAGACAAUGUGGAGCAGAAACCCCUGGAGCCGGGAAACCCACCAGCUCCCCCUCUCCCGCCAUCUGCAGAGGGCGGCUCCUCGGUGCAGAGCCGAACUGUCGUAAACGUCUCUUCCGAUAAAGUCGAAGACAGCAAUAGGUUGAAGCGGUCGUUUUCCUUGGAUAUCAAGUCCGUCUCUUGUGCCGCCAGCAAUGCUUGUCUUACCGCUUCGGGACCAGGGUAUCCUUCCUUGGAAGACACCCUGGAGUUCUACAAGCAUUCGGCCACUUUGGAAGCGGGCAGCAAAUUAUGCCAGUUCUCACCUGUCCAGGAGGUUUCAGAACAGACGCCCGAGGGCAGUCCCGAUAAGGAGCACACCAAGCUGCCGGAGAAGGCCCACCACCAGGGCUGGCAGCCGGACAGCCAGAGCAAGCGGCAGCAUUCGGGAAGGACCACUUGUCCUGCUCAGAGGUCAUCCCUGUACCCGUUGCAUCGAAGCGGAAGCAUGGAAGAUAAUUACAGAACCAACUUCCUCUUCGGCCUUUCGGCCAGUCAGCAACAUCUGGCUAAGUCUGCAGCUGGGCUGGGUCUCAAAGGUUGGCAUUCGGACAUCUUAUCUCCUCAAACCUCUGCGGCUUCCCUGACCGGCAGCUGGUAUUUCACUGCCGAUCCCGCUCAUAUUUAUUCUGCUUCAGCCAUAUACGGGAGGAGCGCCACUUAUUCGGCCUACAGCUGCAGCCAGCUGCCCACGGGGUGCGAGCAAACCUACGGGGUGCGGAGGAGAGAAAAACACGGGGAGCGCGGCGACUCCCGGCGGAGCUGGCACGAGGAGAGCUCUUUUGAGAAGCAGUUCAAGCGCAGGAGUUGCCAGAUGGAAUUUGGGGAAAGUAUCAUGUCAGAGAACAGGUCCCGAGAAGAACUUGGCAAAAUGGGAAGCCAAUCGAGCUUUUCAGGCAGCAUGGAGAUUAUUGAAGUAUCUUGACUCUCUUCGAUGAUUUUUUUUUUCCUUCCCCCAUUCCUUCUUUCCCAAUUUUCUAUAAAGCGAUUCCCUGUAAAUCUGAAAUUUCAGAAUACUGUUCAGCUCCGGUAUGGACAAAAUUAACAAAACUGAUUGAGUGUGCGUGCAUGUGUGUGGCUUUUUGUGUGUGCAUGUACCCACAGAGGCCCCAUGAGUGUAUUCCAGAGAGAUUAAAUGGUAAAUUUUAA